AGGUGGGGACGCAUGCUACUCCUCUAGCUUUCUUCGUUUUCCUAAUUGUGUCAAUAAACACCCUCCAGCUUCCCUCCUCUCGACGUGUCUUUACCCCAGUCAGUCAAGAGAGACCGGAUAACAAAAAGUCAGACGACUCAAGAGUCAAAUAAAGGGGAUUCGCAUGAAGUAACUGGUCCGGAGUAGAUUAUCGAAAUAAAGUUGGGCGCACUUUCUUCUUAACUUCAUUUCUGAGUUUACCCCUUGCGUCCCAUGCACGCACACUUCUUCCCUCUCUCUUGGAUUGAUAUUCCUGCAUCAACGCUUGUUCUUCACAUCUUCAAAGUAGAUGGUCACCAUCUCUCUGUUGAUAUUUGAUUCCUUAUUGCGACGUGGAUUGAGGAUUCUGGAUUGAGCUUUCGUUCAUUUUUAUCCUGAACAUACAUUUAUUUAUCUGCAAGGUAGACUUUUUUCAAAGAACAUAAUCACGAUUUCUCAAGAUGAGCAGCCCUGAAAGUUUAGAGCUUCAUCACUCUCUAUCGGAAGGAAGCAGUCCCAGGACUCCAGGCAGCGACUCGGAUGAUUCCUCCAGCGAAUGCUCCCGGGAGGACCUUGCCAUUCUUCCAGGUCGUGUGGACCCGUCAGCCCUCGUGGUCGGGCACGAAGGAGCGGCCACACAGUUCUCGCCAUCGAUCAAGGAUGCGGUGUCGAGGGUGCUGAAUGGAUACGACUGGUCCGUGGUUGCCAUCCCGACGAGGACGGGACCGAACGGGAAGAGGAAGCCACACAUCAAGAGGCCGAUGAACGCCUUCAUGGUCUGGGCUCAGGCCGCCAGGAAGAAGCUUGGCAAUCAGUAUCCUCAGCUCCACAACGCAGAACUCAGCAAGACCCUGGGGAAACUUUGGAGGUUGCUGUCAGACAAGGAGAAGCAGCCCUUCAUCGAAGAGGCCGAGCGUCUCCGUCAACAACACAAGAAAGAUUACCCCGACUACAAGUACCAACCAAGGCGUCGCAACAAGAACGACAACAGCAACACCAAGAAGCCCUGUCCUCCAAACAACCGCUCCACCUUGGUUCCCUCUCCGGAUUCAUCCAACCAUGUCUCCACCAAGGCGCUUCUCAGCGCUAUGGUCGGGGAAGAGAUCACUGAAGCCAACAUGAAGGAGAGAACAGAGAAGCUAGGGAUGAUGAUGGGAGGGGCAGGUGGACAAGGACCACCUACACCACCAACCACACCCAAGAACGACCUGGACUGCACACGCCCCAACAAAAGGCAGAAGUACUCUUUGAAAGUCAAGACAGAGAUGCCUGUCGACUUCGCUGGUGUUGACGUCCGCGACUUUGGUGGUGACAUCAUGGGGAUGGAGGAGUUCUCGUCGGAGGAGCUGGACCAGUACAUCGUUCAGACCAUUGCUAGUGUGACUGCAUCGCAACCGAUGCCAUGCCAGCAGGGUAUGGUUAGGCAGACCUGUGCCAUGCCGCCGUUCACAACCCACAGCUCCUACCCCAUGAGCAAUGUCAACACCCAAAGUAGCAACGGCAGGCAAUGGAUGGGAGGCAGGCAUCACCCAAGCGGAGGCAACACCAGCCCUCUGCAAGCCACCGUCUUGGACAAUGUGAACUCUAAGUUGGAGCAUGAUAUGAUGUCACCUCCUCCCCAAUACCCCUCCUCUCAGCAACUCCAUCAGAUGCAAGCGUUCCACUUUGCUGCCAUGCAGCAAGCCCAAGAACAGCAACCACCACAGCAGCAACCAUACGACUUCAGACAAUCUCAAUGCGAGUACCCAGCCCAGCAACACUCUCCUCAGCAGCAAGCGCAAAUGGACUUCUACAAUGCUAAUGCAGGGGCUACACCGGUCCAAAACAUGCCUCCUGCAUACCAAUACCCUCACACCUCCCCUCAGCGCUCACCAGCUUACGUAGACCUCACCGAACCUGCCACCACCAUGAUUCCCGAAUCCAGACCGUGGGACUCUUUCGCAGGUACAGUCAGAUCUUGAACAAACUUUAGAACUCUGUGGAUA